AUGAAAAAAAAAAGAAUACGAAACGAAAAAGAAGAAAAGAAAGUCUUGCAAAAUUCCAGCGGUGAAAAUAUUCUUGGACUCGGACAGGCUGAAAAUAGACGACCGAAGGAAGGAAUGGGUGGAAUCAGACAGGAACAUACAUGGAGACAUCAGGAGGUAGGUAUAAAUGUAAAUGUAAGGAUGGGAAUAGCAAACGAAAGGAGUAAUGGCCAGGAAAAAAAGGGGGACAAAGCUAUAUACGGCCAAUCGAUCAAGUACACGGCAAGCUAA